AUGGGCAUCAAAUCCACAAUGACCACCCAACCACACAUCUGCGUCAUCGGCUCCCUAAACAUCGACUUCGUAACGUCAACCCCCCGCUGCCCGGGCGCCGGCGAAACCCUCACAGCAACCUCCCUGACCGUCACAGCCGGCGGCAAAGGCGGAAACCAAGCCACAGCCUGUGGCCGCGCCUCCUUCACAACGAACACCACCCAAGACGCAUCCGUCAGCAUGAUCGGCGCCGUCGGCGCAAACGACGUCUACUACUCGACCCUCCUCAGACCCGCGCUGGAGAAAUCAGGCGUUAGCACGGCGGAUAUUGAGGAGUCGAGUGUGGCGCAGACGGGUUCGGCGACUAUUAUCGUUGAGGAGGGUGCUGGAGGCGAGAAUCGGAUUCUCGUUGUGCCUGGCGCUAAUCAUGCGGGCGUUAUGGGGGAUGUUGGGGCCAUUGUGGAUGUUGUUAGAGGCCAGAGUGUUAGACCUGGUGUUAUUGUUUUGCAGGGUGAGAUUCCCAGGGAGACUACGUUGGGGUUGUUGGAGUAUUUUAAUGGUGGCGGUGUUGGGUUGGGAGAGGAGAAGGUCCAUGUUGUGUUUAAUCCAGCGCCUGUUUAUCCGGAGGGGAUUUCUUUGCAGGCGUUGAAGCAUACUUCGGUGCUUAUUAUGAAUGAGACUGAGGCUGUCCAGAUGUCGAGGUCUAUUGCGGGGUUGCCCGUUUCUGACUCGACUCAGCCGACGGACUUGGAUGAUUUGCAGCCUGAGGAGCUGGCGCCGCGGUUCCAUGAGACUGCUGACGUGCAGCUUGUUUUGAUUACUUUGGGUGCAAAGGGUGUUUAUUACUCGACUCGCAGUGGUCGUCGGGGUGCUGUGCCCGGAAUGCGGGUUCCCAAGGUUGUUGAUACCACAGCUGCUGGUGACACAUUUGUCGGAUACUUCUCGACAGCUUUGGCACGGUUCCUCGCCAGAGGAGAGCCCCUGGAGGCAUUCGACAGCGAGAUCGAGAGCUCCGUGAAGACUGCCAAUGCCGCGGCUGCCAAAUGUGUCGCUGCGCCAGGUGCAAUGCAGAGCAUUCCUUUUGCCUAUGACCUAGAGUGA